GUCCAGGUGAGCGGUCCUGCAGGUUUUGGUCGUGGCUAACAGGCAGCUGGUCAGCCUCCCAGGAACUUGGUCCGGCACUGGAAGCUGGCUGCGUCUCUCCUGGCAUCUCUUCCCAUCCUUCUUGUUUCCCCUUCGAGUUGUGUUCUUUCAUCAUCGUUAUUCCCUGAUUACCUUUUCCCCCUUCCAGCUUUCUUCCUCCCCGGUAGCUGUUUCCUUCACCGCGAUUCUUUGCCCUUCUGAUCUUAUUUUCCUGUUGUUAAAUCCUUCCUCGUGAUCUCACCUAAUACCCUUUCCUUUUGACAUGUUCCUUUUCUCCAUCGACUCCCAUGCUGUCUCCCCCCACUUUGUAUUUAAAUCCUCCAGCUGUGCUUUUGAGGAGAGGAGGAACUUCAGCCUAGAUUGUAUUUGUCAGCCAGUACUAGGAGAACACGAAACAAACAUUUUUAAACCUGUUUUACCUUAUUUUAUUUGUUUCUUACUGAUUUCCUCAGCAGUCUUUGCCCCAAUACAUGUGUUUGUGUAUAUUCACAUUCUCUUCCCCCCUUUCUCCACCGACACACACACCCCCUAGUGUUAGUUUAGAAAAACAGCUCUCUUGGAAGACCUUUUGGUAGGACCUGGGGGAGUGGUCUGUGGGGGCAAGAAACUUCCAGCGGCUGUAUAACUUAAAUUAGUGCCAAGCAUUGUUUCUUAAUGCUGUAUUGUGAAUUGGUACUUCAGUUGAGGUACGGUAUGUUUGGGAUGGUUUCUCUUUGGGGAAGUCCUAAGAGGCCUCACUGGGCCUCCCUGCUACUCACUAGAUGCAUAUUUUUUCCUCAGGAAAUGAUCACAGCGAACUGCUGCAGUGUUGAGUAUUGGUGGCUGGGAGUCUGUGUUGCACUGGCACUUGUGUCUCUGCUAGUGACUCUACUGGAAAGUAGUCUUUUCUUUCUGCUUUGUGAUUUCUUUUGUUUCUCAGUAGUAGGUUACCCAACUUCUUAUUUUACAUCUUUCUGAAUUGCUUUAGUUCUUAACAUUGGUUGCAUUUUAUAAUCGCAUCACCACGACGUAUUUGAGGUCCCAUUUAAACCUUGGACGUAGUUGUGCCAUGGAGGUGUCAGGACUAGUUUCAAAUUUUGGAAGUAAUUUAUACACCUAACUUUAGAAUCCAGAAUGAGUAUCUAACAUUAACAGCUUAUUCACAGUAGGAUCUGUUUCUUCCUCAUUGAGAAAGUAACUGGAAGACAGCUUAGAGUAACUGAAUUAGACUUCUAGUCUGAAUUACUCCCCUAGAGGAAUCUUUUUCCAUCGCCUAUCAAGGGGUCGUAUGGAGGAACAGUUUCUUGGUUUAGGCACCUAAAUAAGACACAUGUGCCAAUACAAUGUUGACAAAGCAGUUGUGCUGAUUAAACUAAAUGAUUCUACUUCUACUUUUAUCCUUUCUACACUGGUUUACACUUGCCUUAUAGCUUGAGCCUGUUACUUAGUCUGUCAGCAUGAGAAAAUUGAAUCACUAAUUUAUAUCAUUUAAAUUUAAGCUCAAAUGAUUCAUACCCUUAUUUGGAAACUGAUGUGAGGAUGGCUUUUGUGAUUUCAGCUUAUUCUCAUUAUUAGCUUAAAGUCUUACAUCCUAGCCAUAUUGUUAUGGAUAUAACAUUGGAUCCUCGGAGAAAGUUGUUAUAUCAGAUAUUAUAUCAGAUAUUAAGAAAAGGUUUUUUUUUUUCUUUUUGUAAUUUAGAUGUCAAGAUCUCUGAAUACUGCUUUUCAUCAGUUAUGUUUCUCAGGUGGUGUCUCCUUUUACAUAGUUGCACAAAACUAACUUCUCACUUCAGUGAGACCCAGCUUAAUGAUGAGUCACAUCCUGGGUGUUAGCGGUGAGGUGAAUUGAGUGUACCUGGAGUCUUCUCUUCUGGCAUUGAAACUGUUUUUAUGUAUUUAUUUUUCCCAGUGGAUGAAACAGGUUUAAAGAAGUACUUGUAGUUAUACCACUGUCAACGUCAAAAAAUUUGCGCUGUGAAUGUGACGUGAGCAGAUUGUCCUAGUAAAAGGUUGCCUGUAUGUAACAGGAUGUAGUUUUGAAGUUUUGGCAGGAAUAUUACUUUUGACAUUGGUAUGAGCAGAAAUGACAGUUCUGUUUCGACUGUGGUGCUUGAAAGCAAGAAGCUUAACAUUCAGGACCUUAGGUAAAGAGAUGCAGAGUAACUGCUGUGGACCACAUUUGACCUUCCAGAAUUGUUACCUUCCUGGGAAGCAUCACUUUUUGUAUGUAAAGAACAUCUUUUGAGUUAUUGCAACUGGGUUUAGAAUGUUACUUGUGAAUCUGAUGGAGGAAUAACCAGAUCUCAGACUGCUGCACUGGAAGACUUUACAGGAAAUACAAAAUGUCAUCGAAUAGGAGUCAGAACCCUCAUGGACUUAAACAGAUUGGUCUUGACCAGAUAUGGGAUGACCUAAGAGCUGGAAUUCAACAGGUUUACACCAGACAAAGUAUGGCAAAAUCCAGAUACAUGGAACUCUACACUCAUGUUUAUAACUACUGUACUAGCGUACACCAGUCUAAUCAAGCACGGGGAGCUGGAGUGCCUCCUUCAAAGUCGAAAAAAGGCCAGACCCCCGGAGGUGCUCAGUUUGUUGGCUUGGAAUUGUACAAACGACUAAAAGAAUUUCUGAAGAACUACUUGACAAAUCUCCUUAAGGAUGGUGAAGAUUUGAUGGACGAGAGUGUGCUGAAAUUCUACACUCAACAGUGGGAAGAUUAUAGGUUUUCAAGCAAAGUAUUGAAUGGAAUAUGUGCCUACCUCAAUCGACAUUGGGUUCGUCGUGAGUGUGAUGAAGGUCGUAAAGGAAUAUACGAAAUUUACUCGCUUGCCUUGGUGACCUGGAGGGAUUGCUUAUUCAGGCCAUUAAAUAAGCAGGUAACAAAUGCUGUGUUGAAAUUGAUUGAAAAGGAAAGAAAUGGUGAAACUAUCAAUACAAGGCUGAUCAGUGGAGUUGUACAAUCUUACGUGGAGCUGGGGCUGAAUGAAGAUGAUGCGUUUGCAAAGGGGCCUACACUAACUGUCUAUAAAGAAUCCUUCGAAUCUCAGUUUCUUGCUGACACGGAGAGGUUUUAUACCCGAGAAAGUACUGAAUUCUUGCAGCAGAACCCAGUCACAGAGUACAUGAAGAAGGCUGAAGCUCGCCUUCUUGAGGAGCAGCGUAGAGUUCAGGUCUAUCUCCAUGAGAGCACACAAGAUGAAUUGGCACGAAAAUGUGAGCAAGUUCUUAUUGAGAAACACUUGGAGAUAUUUCAUACAGAGUUUCAGAAUUUAUUGGAUGCUGACAAAAAUGAAGACUUGGGACGCAUGUAUAACCUUGUGUCUCGAAUCCAGGAUGGCCUUGGAGAACUGAAAAAACUCUUGGAAACCCACAUUCAUAAUCAGGGUCUAGCUGCAAUAGAGAAAUGUGGAGAAGCUGCUCUAAAUGAUCCAAAAAUGUAUGUACAGACAGUGUUGGAUGUCCAUAAGAAAUAUAAUGCUUUAGUUAUGUCUGCAUUCAACAAUGAUGCCGGUUUUGUGGCUGCGCUAGACAAAGCUUGUGGUCGAUUUAUAAAUAAUAAUGCAGUGACAAAAAUGGCUCAAUCAUCCAGUAAAUCCCCAGAGCUACUGGCGCGAUACUGUGACUCUUUACUAAAGAAAAGCUCAAAGAACCCAGAAGAAGCAGAAUUAGAAGAUACGCUCAAUCAAGUGAUGGUUGUCUUCAAGUAUAUUGAGGAUAAAGAUGUGUUUCAAAAAUUCUAUGCUAAAAUGCUGGCGAAAAGACUUGUACAUCAGAACAGUGCUAGUGAUGAUGCUGAGGCAAGCAUGAUCUCCAAACUUAAACAAGCUUGUGGUUUUGAGUACACUUCCAAGCUGCAGCGGAUGUUUCAAGAUAUUGGUGUAAGCAAGGACUUGAAUGAGCAAUUUAAAAAGCACCUGACCAAUUCAGAACCAUUAGAUUUGGACUUCAGCAUCCAGGUCCUGAGCUCUGGAUCGUGGCCGUUUCAGCAGUCCUGCACCUUUGCUCUGCCUUCUGAGUUAGAACGGAGUUAUCAGAGAUUUACAGCAUUUUAUGCCAGUCGUCAUAGUGGAAGAAAAUUAACAUGGUUGUAUCAGCUGUCCAAAGGGGAACUGGUUACCAACUGUUUCAAAAAUAGAUACACGUUACAGGCAUCGACAUUCCAGAUGGCAAUUUUACUGCAGUACAACACAGAAGAUGCCUAUACCGUGCAGCAGCUGACAGACAGUACCCAAAUAAAAAUGGAUAUCUUGGCACAAGUUCUACAGAUACUGCUGAAAUCAAAAUUACUCGUUUUGGAAGAUGAAAAUGCAAAUGUUGAUGAGGUGGAGUUGAAACCAGAUACCUUAAUAAAACUCUAUCUCGGUUAUAAAAACAAAAAGUUAAGGGUAAACAUCAAUGUGCCAAUGAAGACUGAACAGAAGCAGGAGCAAGAAACUACACACAAAAAUAUAGAGGAAGAUAGGAAACUACUGAUUCAGGCUGCUAUUGUGAGAAUCAUGAAAAUGAGGAAAGUUCUAAAACACCAGCAACUGCUUGGGGAAGUGCUAACACAGCUCUCCUCCAGGUUCAAACCACGAGUUCCAGUAAUUAAGAAAUGCAUCGACAUUCUGAUUGAGAAGGAGUACUUGGAACGUGUUGAUGGUGAGAAGGACACCUACAGUUACUUGGCUUAACGUUUUUAUUAGCAAUUAUCUGACUGUGUGACACUCAGCAAAUAGGUAUGUGAUGGAAAGAACGAAAGCAACUGAACUUCAUAGCAGCCGCCCUGCUGCCAUUUGGACCUCCCUUUUUAAUAACUGAGACCAGGACUCCCAUCAGCCAGUCUCAGAUUUACAUCAGAACUGCUCAGGAUUGAUACAUUUCAAGUAUGUAAAUAUGGACACCAAUGCCAUUUAACCUAAUUUAAGAACAGAAAGGAAUCAAACCCUUCUCCUUUAAGGGUUGCAUGCUACUGCAUUUAAAUCAAUACAUUGGCUAUAUGAUAAACAGCUGUCAUCACAGGCAGCACUUAUAAAUGUUGGCAGCACUUUGAGAGCGAGUCUGAAUGGACCCAUGUGUAAUCUGCUAUGAAAAACCAUUUGUAUAGUGUGUUUCAUUUUUUAAUGUGUGAUAAAUAAAAAAAAAAAAAUUAAAAGAUUUCUGUACAAGUUGCAUUUGGUUUUAUUGUUUUAAGUUUCAGUACUUACCUUUCUAAAUGUAAAUAAAAGGUAUAAUGGUUAUGAAAGCUA